UGGGGAACAUUGAGGUCGAGUUGAAGAAAGACAGACUGUCGAGUCAGCCGGAGCACGCAAAUGCGGUGACGGUGAUCAUGGCCGAAGAUUUGAAAGAGGAAAAAGAAGGCCCGAAAGAGCUAAUCCAGAUGGAAGAAACCCCAGUAAACCCACUACCCGAGCGUACCCUACACAGAUCUCUGAACCCCUACAGACCGAAAAUCCCCUUUCCGAGCCGACUGUUGGAGGAGAAGGACCGCACGAUAAUUCGGGACCUUCAUGCGAUGUUGGCUAAGGCCAAUGUCAAGUUAUCUCCUCCUGAUUCGAAUUCAGUUUCCGAACGAGCUCAAACGAACACAAAGACCAAAGUGAUGCGGUCAGGCCCGAGCUCCCAGACCUCCACGCCCGAGCAGCGCGUCGUGAUGCCCAUCACGCGCGUACUGAGACCCAGAGUUCCAUCUUGCACCGCGACACUCUUUAAUCGCCACGUCGUGCUGCAACUCGCGACGACCGUAACGCCUGGACUGAGGGCGCGCUUCACAGACUAUCACGCCGCUGCACUUGCACCACGCCGCGGCGCAUGCUCUCUCCGCGCCGUGGCAGCUCCUCCACGUUGU